AUGGGAAAUGUAGUCCGGGGCCGCCCGCCCCGCCGGGCUCUCCGGGCCGGGGGAGGGUCUCGGAGCGAGCCCCGAGCCGGGCAUCCCCCCCGGCACCCCCCGACUUCCCCCCGGCAUCCCUGGGCGUGGCCCGGCAUCCCCCCGGCAUCCCUCAGCCUCCCCCGACAUGGCCUCGGCCUCACCUGGCGUGGCCCCGGCAUCCCCCUGGCACGCCCAGCGUCACCUGGCAUCCCCUCGGGUCCCGUGACGCGGCCCCAGCGCCGCUCCGGCAUCCCCCGCAUCCGCCCGACAUCACCUCGGUGUCCCUCGGCACGGCCCCGCAUCCCCGGCAUCCCCCGGCACGUCCCGGGGCAGCUCCCCGAGCUCCCGCAGCCCUUGCAGCCCCCGGCAUCUCCGGGCAUCUCCUGGGACAGCCCCCGCUCCCACCCCGCACCCCCAUCCCCGCUGUCCAGCCCCUGGGGCUCGCCCCCCCGGCACUGGGGCAGGAGGAAUGCCAUCCCUUCCUGGGAGCUGCCCUGUGCCCAGCUCGCUCAGCCCAGCCGUGGGGUGGCUGUGCCUGUGCCUGAUGUGCUCAUGUGCAGCCAGAUCGCGGUGAGGAUGGACGCUGAGCUGCUCGCCACUCCGCUCUUCCUCCUCCUCCUCCUCUCCGUCCUGUGGCUCCUGGUCUGGCGGAGUGACCCCAGGAGGAGCCAGCUGCCUCCUGGCCCAGCCCCGUGGCCCAUCCUGGGCAACCUGUGGCAGAAGGAUGUGCUGCCCCUCUACAGGCACUAUGAGAAGCUCAGCAGCACCUACGGCCCCAUCUUCACCGUGUGGCUGGGGCUGAAGCCGGUGGUGGUGCUCUGCGGGUACGAGGUGGUGAAGGACGCCCUGGUGGGACACUCUGAGGAGUUUGGGGGCAGACCCUCCAUCCCCCUCCUGAUGCAGCUCUCCAAAAACUAUGGAUUUGUCUCUGACGAUGACAAGAAGUGGCGGGAGCUGCGGAGGUUCACGCUCAGCACCCUGCGGGACUUUGGCAUGGGGAAGAGCUCCAUGUCCCAGAAGGUGCAGCAGGAGGCUCAGCACCUGGUGGAGCUGCUGGCAAAGCUCAAAGGCAAUGCCUUUGAGCCCAUGACCAUGUUCAGACACGCCGUGUCCAACGUGAUCUGCUCCGUGGUGUUUGGGAGCCGCUACAGCUACAGCGACGCGGCGUUCCUGGAGCUGCUCAACGCCGUGGGGAACUACGUCAGCUUCUUCCUGUCCCCUGUGGCCAAGGUGUACAACACCUUCCCCAGCAUCAUGGACCGGCUGCCGGGGCCACACAAGAAGGUUCUGGCUGACUGCCAGAAGCUGAAGGACCACAUCCAGGAGAAGGUGCAGUUCCACCAGCUGACUCUGGACUCCAGCUGCCCCCGGGACUACAUUGACUGUUUCCUGAUCAGAGCAGAGAAGGAGAAGGGCAGCCCAGAGACCAUGUACAGCCACGAAGACCUGAUCAUGUCAGUGUUCAACCUCUUCGGGGCCGGGACGGUGACAACCAGCAACACCUUGGUGUUCUUCCUGCUGAUGCUGGCAAAGCACCCCCACAUCCAAGCCAAGGUCCAGGAGGAGAUCGAUGCCGUGGUGGGCUCUGGCCGUGCCCCCAGCACGGAGGACAAGCUGAGGAUGCCCUACACCAACGCCGUGAUCCACGAGCUGCAGCGCUUCCACAAGACCCGCAUCGAGAACUUCCCGCGCAUGGCGACGCAGGACGUGCUGUUCAGGGGCUACACCAUCCCCAAGGGCACUCCUGUCAUUCCGGUCCUUUCCUCUGUGCAUUCGGACCCAACCCAGUGGGAGAACCCCAAGAAAGUGGACCCCACACACUUCCUGGAUGAGAAGGGCGAGUUCAGGAAGCGCGAGGCCUUCAUGGCAUUCUCAGCAGGGAAGAGGAUGUGCCCGGGGGAGGCGCUGGCCCGCAUUGAGCUCUUCCUGUUCCUCACCACGCUGCUGCAGAGCUUCACCUUCCAGCUGGCCACGGAGCACAGGGAGCUGGAUCUGUUCUCCCUGUGGCUCGAGAUCGAGAGGAGGGCGAUCCCCGGCAAGUUCUUCGCUCUGCCACGCCCAGUGUCCCCCUAA